AUGGUCUCGUCCGGGGUACCAUUUGGUUGCCGGUGCACCGCCCCCUGUCUUUUGUUCCACACAGACCUCCAGCAGAGAGAUCCAGACACUUUCAAGCCGCUCCACGUGGUGUCCAUGACCAUCCGAGACUCAGCGGAUGACUCCGCUGCGGCAGCCGGAGACGUCCUUGAUUUGUGCAAAAUGCUGGAAGAUUGCGAUGACCUGGACAGCGACGCUGCGAAGCUCCUCAAUGACUUCAGAAUUCGGAGCAAGAGAACGGUGUUACACCAAGUGUGCCAUAUUUAGUGGCCGGUGGUCCGUCGCAUGUUGCGGGGACUGUACGUGAGAACUGACGACCCGUUGUUGAAGCAUGACGGUCGAACAUGUGCCCAUUCAUCGUGUAAGUAAAAUUGGGCCCCACAACAUCCACCCACCCUUAUGCAUGCUUCGUGCAUUCACCGAAGCUUGGUCCACCUCGUUUCUGCAAACUUCACCGCGUGGCAACGGCGUGCAGCUUUCGUGACGCUUGAGAAGUGUGGUUGGAACAAGGGUAUGUGAAAAAUUGUCAUCCCCACACCCAUGUAGGUACCCACUUUCUUAUGUGGAGUUUUUUUUUCGAGGGGUACGAAGUGACCACCCCCCCCCCCCCAAACGUCAUACUACAUCGAAGUAAAACCAUCCCAUACCAAUUUUCCU